AUGGUGUCCUUCCCCGUGUCGCGUGUGGACUUGUACGUGCUGGGCCCAGAGCAGGGCCAGGCUUGCUGCUCCGACAAGAGCCAUCUGCCCCAGCCCCUGCGAGCAGAGGUCCCUGCGAAGGCCUGGCGAGGCUGCCCCGCCCGGAGCGGCUUGCCGGAGGUUGAGUUUCUCCGCAGCAAGCGCUUGGCUUUUCUCCAGCGGUGGCAUUUGGCGAGCGGUGGCCUGGCCGUGCCAGACCCGGACCACGGCUAUCACAGCCUGGAGGAGGAGCAGCAGCAGCAGCACAAGGGCGUUUGUCAAGAAGAAGUAGAGGGACGGCGGGAGCAGCGGUGCCAUGCCGGGGAGUUGAAGCGUCCCGAGGAGCCGAGCGACUCGAGGAGACAACUUGGAGGUGGCCCCUUGGAGCAGGAGGGGAUAAGGAGUUCAGCUGAGGAGGCACUUGAGAGGGAAGCCUCGACUGAAGAGGAUGAUGAGGACUCCGAAACAGAGCAAAACCUUCCAGUUUCGGCCAGACCUGCCUGUGCGAAUAAAUUAAUAGACUAUAUCAUAGGAGGAAUUUCCAGUGGGGAGGACAGUGCAGAUGAUGAGGAAGACUGGGAUGAUGAUGACGACGGAUUUGAUAGCGAAGGACUCCAGUCGGAUUCAGAGGGGAGCCAGGACGGGGAAAGGCUUCAUCUCUGGAAUUCCUUCUACAGUUUGGACCCGUACAACCCUCAGAACUUCACAGCCACCAUUCAGACAUCUUCCAGCGAUCCAGGAAAGGAUAUGUCAGAUGUGGGUGAGGAGGAGGAGGAGGAAGAAGAAGAUUCUUCAUGGGCAGAAGAGUCCUCAGGCUCUCCUCAGCCUAGUUCUGAAGAGGAGGACGAGUGGGACUGUAGCAGUGUGGACGAGACAGAAAACUUGAAACUUUGGAACUCGUUCUGUACCUCAGAUGAUCCAUAUAAUCCGUUAAAUUUCAAGGCAGCCUUUCAAACAGCAGAGAAGAAAGGGACGCCUGAUUUAAAAGGAGCAGAGAGGCCGAGUUUGGUCACUUCUGAGCAUAGUCACUUAACUGUCUGUCGGGUGCAGCUGGAAAACCGUAACUGUGAGCUCACUGACUUUGUGCAGCAUGGCAUUCUUUCUGAUGGGAAAAGUAGAAGUACCAAGCAGAAAAAGGUAACCUUCCUUGAAGAAGUGACCGAGUAUUACGUGAGCAGCGAGGAGGAUCGUAAAGGACCCUGGGAAGAGCUUGCACGAGAUGGGUGCAGGUUCCAGAAACGUAUCCAAGAAACAGAAGAAGCCAUAGGAUACUGCUUCACCACGGAGCAUAGACAGCGAGUGUUUAAUAGACUCCAGGAAACCUCCUACAAGAGGGUUGAUCUCUUCUAGCACCUUAACAGAUCUGGUAGCUGUGUGACCCUAAGCACUCAACAGUGUCUUCAAA